AUGAACAAGCUCAAGACCGAAGGUGGUCGUACUGGGGGAGUGGAUACUAAACUGCAAGAGCUCGAAGCACAGAUCAAAAAGGCCGAUUCCGACGACGCACCACUCGAGAAGGAGCUAGAGCUUUUGAAGAGGACGGCAAUCAGAGAAAGCGAGACUUUGAAAUGGAAAGCCCUUAAAGAGUAUGGCCAAAAGCUUGCGCUACUCGCCACUGCAUCCGAGCAAUUGCUUCGAGUCUUGCCAUCGUCGCCACCCGAGCAGUACACAGGCAAUCAGCAGACCGCAGCAGUCAGAGCUGCUCUCCAAAACGCACUUGAUAGCGGCUAUGCACCAAAGGAGGAGCACCUUCCCUUAAACGUUGGCAAUGAAAUUGGGGAAACGCGCAGUUUCGGAGAGACUCAUGCAAGCGAACUUACUACAAUUAAUACGGUUACGGAUAACGGACACGAAGGUACUGCCCCCAUUAAUCCCGCUGCGCUUAACAACGCUCCUGCACCGCUCCCAUCGACUUCCGCUGCUACUACACACUAUAAUGCACCAACUACUGCCCCGACUCCUCACUAUGCUGCUCCUUCCAUGGGUCCUCCUUCCUCUACGACACAUGCCACUCACUAUUCACCUCCCACUGCAGCUCCCGGGAACACGACCUCCAGUACCUCUGUACCGCAUGCACCGACUGUAGCUGAGACCGGAGUUCCAGUAACUGCGGGCGCAGAAGGACCAGGCCCAGCAACUGGAACAUUGAAUCCGUCUGCCACGGAAGAAGUUCGUGACCGACCUGGUGUGGGCUAUGGUGUGGGCACCCAUGAACAAGCUCCUGCUUACGGAGGAGGAACAGCUCCUUCCACCACGACACAUGAGUCUGCUGAGGAUGAGAAGCGCCGCUUGGCAGCAGCCGACCAGGCUCAAACUCAUGCAAAUGCUGGAAGUCAUCAGGGUGGCUUAGUAGCAUCCACAUCUACGAGACGUCCACCAGCACACGAGAGUGCAGAGGAUGAAAAAAGGCGUCUGGAGCGAGAGGAGCGUGAAAGGGUUCUCCAGCAGAGCAACAACUCUAGAGGAAAUACCCAAGAUGAUACGGAUCCAAAUGGUGGAGCUCCCCCUGCGUACCAUGAUUAG